UUUAAUAAUUUACAAUCAGUGUGCAUGUAAGUGUGGAUAUAUUAUUUUUCCUGCUUAUUUAUUUUCAGAUUCAUCAUGGCAGUGAUGAGAGCUCUUAUGCUUCUUUUCUUGGUCUUUUUCGUGAAGAAUGCAGCAGCUGAAGACUGCCCAUAUGACUGGACACCUUUUGGUGUAGAAUGCUACAAAUUCAUCUCUACUCAAGAAACCUGGAUUAAAGCAGAAAAAAACUGUCAAAGCAAUGGUGGAAAUCUCGCAUCUGUGCGCAGUGCAGUCCAAAACGACUUUCUCCUGAGUCUUGUGCCUACUGGCAGGCGUGCUUGGAUUGGUGGUCAAGAUGGUGAAGUGGAUGGACAGUGGCUGUGGACUGAUGGAUCUCAAUUUGACUUUACAAACUGGUGCCCUAAAGAACCUAACAAUUAUCAAGGUGUUCCUGAGAACUGCCUGGAGAUAAGCUGGAAUGGUCAGCGUUGCUGGAACGAUCAGCCAUGUACAGACUCAAUGGGUUACAUUUGUGCUCAACCUCUGCUCUGAGAUCAUGAGAAGUCAAUCUGCUUCAAAAGUACUUUGAUUGUACUACAUAUACAUUUAUAUUUUUUCUCAUCUUUUCAAUCUCUGAAUGUCCAUAUCCAUAUUGAAAUCAAUAAAGCAUUUAAAAAGCAAA